AAGUAUAAAGAGGGGAUAAGUGGUAAGUAGAUCUCACACUCAAACUCAAAUAUCACAACCAUUACUAGCUAUUGAGCAAUAAUGGAUGUUGAGAAAGUCUUCCACAUGAAUGGUGGGCUUGGUGAACAUAGCUAUGCCCAGAAUUCAUAUCUUCAGAAAAAAGGUUCAGAUAUGGUGAAACACAUAACACUCAAAAGCCUUGAGGAAACCUACGUUUCUACAACACCAGAAAGCUUAGGCAUAGCCGAUCUUGGCUGUUCUUGUGGCCAAAACACCUUAUCAACCAUCAGAGAAAUGGUCGAAGCCAUCGACAAAACCACCUCAAACAUCCCACCACCCGAGUAUCGUAUCUACCUUAACGAUCUUCCGACCAAUGACUUCAAUGCUGUCUUCAAGAUCCUGCCUGACUUUUACAAGCAGUUGAACAUGGAUCGGUGCCAAAAGCACGAAUCAAGUGUCUUCAUCGCGGGUUAUCCGGGCAGUUUUUAUGGUAGAUUGUUUCCGGACAAAUGUCUUCACUUCAUCUACUCAUCUUACAGUUUGCAUUGGCUCUCUAGGAUUCCUCCGGGUCUUUAUGACAAGGAAGGUAGAUCGAUUAACAAAGGUAAAUUUUACAUCUCCAAAUCGAGCUCGCCAGAAGUCUCAAAAGCGUAUUUCAAUCAAUUCCAAGAAGAUUUUACGUUGUUUCUGCAAUCAAGGUCAAAAGAACUGUUGUCUGGAGGUCGGAUGGUGCUUAUUUUGUUAGGAAGGAGAGAUCGAAGCCAUGUUGAUAGGGGCAACUCGAUCCUAUGGGAACUUCUUUCACGGUCAUUUGCCACCUUAGUCUCUAAGGGAGAAGUUAAGCAAGAAAAGGUGGACGAGUAUGAUGCUCACUUUUAUGCACCCUCGAGGAAUGAAAUUGAGGAUGAAGUAAAGAAAGAAGGGUCUUUUGUAAUGGACCGGUUUGAAAUGUUCGAAAUUGAACACCGCUCGGGUCUCUAUACGAGUCAUGGAACCGAAGUGGCGAGGACCAUUCGAGCGAUUCAAGAGUCGAUGCUUUCCCAACACUUCGGAGAAGAAAUCCUUGACAACUUGUUUGAAGAUUAUGGAAAUUUGAUUGAUGAAGAAAUGGCUAUAGAAGAUAUUAAGCCCAUAAGUUUUAUUGUUGUUCUUAAAAAGUUAUGAUUUUAAAGAGAUGUAGGCAUUAUUGCAAGUGUAUGUAGCAUGUAUGUUAGCGUGAGUAAGUUAUAUUUGUAUUAUAUGUUAUAUACAGUUUAUAUUUUAUGUAAUUUUU